UAAAACGGAUUAGCUAAUGUUCCUCGCAAAAUCGGACUCGACUCUUGAAUAAAAAAAAUACUUUUUAAUGGACUAUUAUGUUAAAUUGAUGUUUUGUGGUGUUUAUUGUGGUGAUACAUGGUAAUUGUUUUUGUAACUAAUUAAUUAGCUUUAAACUGUCUUUCCUAUAAUUUUUUUAAUUAAAACCAUCAUUUUUUUUUAGUCUGGUUAUAUACCGGGUUGCCAGGUUGUCGUUUUACCCCCAGACGGUUUGCUAUGUUAUUUAAAAAAAUCUGCUCAGUUAAAAACAGCAUGAUAAAUUGCACAAAAAAACGAAUAAAAAGACUAGUAUUUAUUAAAUAGUCAUUUGUACGAAAUUUCAUUUCAAAAUAAAGUCUUCUCAGUAAGUUUUUUUAAGGGUUAAAACUAUCCUUUAAAAUCUGGCAACACAGUCUAUGCGUGAGAAUCCGUUUUUUUUUUCUUACGUUUUUUUUUUUAUCCUUGUGCUGUGGAACGUUAACGGCGCGCGCGGGUGCGCGUGGGAGGGGCGUGUCUUGUGACUUAUUACUAUUCAAAGCGCAGUCGCGUAUGAUUGGUUCGGAAAGUGUCGCUAGUCUCCGCCCACAGCCCCACCGAGCUUGUCUGGUAUAAAGAGACGAAAGAGCGGCGUAAAGAGUUCAGUAAGGCUUUUGUGUGGAUUUGGGUGCGUGCCCGAGCUGGAAAACUACAGGGACAGUCAUGACCAUCCAAACAGAGACGGGCGUGAGUGCUCCCGCCAUGACCUACUCCAAAACAAGGGGACUGGUGGCUAAUCUCAGCGCUUUUAUGAAACAGAGGAAAAUGGGACUGAAUGACCUUAUUCAGAAACUGGCGACCAGCUCCUACGCCUGCAAACACUCAGAGGUGGAUUCUAUCCUGACCUUGACACCUCCGCAGGAUCCUGAGCUGAUGACGAGCAACCCCUCUCCUCCUCCGAGUCCGUCCCAGCAGAUCAACCUAGGACCUUCGUCCAAUCCGACCGCCAAGCCCUCUGACUUCAACUUCCUCAAGGUUAUCGGAAAAGGCAGCUUCGGGAAGGUUCUUCUGGCUCGCCAUCGUGGCGAUGACCAAUUCUACGCUGUUAAAGUGCUACAGAAGAAAGCCAUCCUGAAGAAGAAAGAGGAGAAACACAUCAUGUCAGAGCGUAACGUGUUACUGAAAAACGUGAAGCACCCGUUCCUCGUGGGCCUUCAUUACUCUUUCCAAACUGCAGACAAACUCUACUUUGUGUUGGACUACAUCAAUGGAGGAGAGCUUUUCUAUCACCUUCAGAGAGAACGGUGCUUUCUCGAACCCCGUGCCCGCUUCUACGCUGCUGAAAUCGCCAGCGCUCUGGGCUACCUGCACUCCCUGAACAUUGUCUACAGGGACCUGAAGCCUGAAAACAUCCUCCUGGACUCGCAAGGACAUAUCAUCCUAACAGACUUUGGCCUCUGCAAGGAGAACAUCGAGCCUAACGGAACCACAUCCACUUUCUGUGGGACGCCAGAGUAUUUGGCUCCAGAGGUGUUGCAUAAGCAGCCGUACGACCGUACAGUGGACUGGUGGUGUUUGGGCGCCGUGCUCUAUGAAAUGCUCUAUGGCUUGCCUCCGUUUUAUAGCCGCAACACAGCCGAGAUGUACGACAACAUCCUGAACAAGCCGCUGCAGCUGAAGCCGAACAUCUCAAACGCUGCCCGUCAUCUCCUUGAGGGUCUGCUGCAGAAAGACCGUACCAAGAGGCUAGGCUGCACCGAUGACUUUAAUGAGAUCAAGAACCACAUGUUCUUCUCCCCCAUUAACUGGGACGAUCUGAAUGCUAAGAAGCUUACUCCUCCCUUCAACCCCAAUGUGACCGGCCCUAGCGACCUGCGGCACUUUGACCCAGAGUUCACAGACGAGCCGGUGCCGAACUCCAUCGGCUGCUCCCCAGACAGCGCUCUGGUGACUGCCAGCAUCAGCGAUGCGGCAGAGGCCUUCCUUGGCUUCUCCUACGCUCCUGCUAUGGACUCGUACUUGUAGCCCAUCACCAUGGAGACACCAUCCCAUAGACUCUGGCACCGUAGCUCACUACCAUGGAAAUGCCGUCCCAUGGAGUCCCACCUGUAGUGCAUCACUAUGAGAAUGAAGCCAGCCCCAUUGCCCCGCCCCCAGAUUGGGGGCCCCUGUUUGCACAUGGCCUUAGGCAGCUCCAUAGGCCUUGGUUUAAAGGCCUUAAUCGUACACAUGAGAGAAUUGACCUUCUUUCAUCAUCAUCAUCAUCUUCGUCGUCGUUGUCAUCGUCGUUGUCACAGACUUGUUUGUCUACGCAGAGCAUGGUUACUUCUCCGCUUACACCCGUCCUGGUUCGACUGUUCUGGAUGCACAGAGAGGAAAAGAAUGUGCAGAAGUGCUGAAAGACUUUAUUUAUACGUUUUUUUUUUUUCUUUUCUUUUUUUACCCACAUAUUCGAGGCUAUUGCUGUUGUCAGAAUGUGAAUAUUCUGUUUCCAGAGGACUGUGUGUACAUGUGCCUUCAUCUUCCCUGUCUCUCAAGAGUCCUCUGGGUCAUAUGACCACAGUCUGUCACCACUUGCAUAACCUCAAGUUUGGUUGCACAAUUAGUCUAUGAUUUCAACAUUACAUUUAAAUGUUUUUUUUUUUUUUUUUUAAAUCACAUUAAAUUUCUCAUUCCCUUUGAUUGAGUGGGCUAACGCUGGAAGGGAUCUGCUGCUAUGUUUGUGUGUAGAUAGACGCCUGGACCGUCCAAUCAGACGCCUUUGUCUCACCUUUAGUCUUCCAGCUUCCUUUUUGUGACGUAACAAAACCACUCAAAACAAACAACAACAAAAAAGCAUUCCGUCUGUGUCCACUUACCACAUUCCACUCAAUAUGACUGUGUACUGCUAUUUAAGUUUGUUUGUAUAUUUUGAGUCUGUGUAUUAGUUUUAAUAUAUAUGGAACAAAGCAACUAAGGAUAUGCUUACAUGUAAUGAUAACUGUUAAACAUGUACUGUAAAAUUGUAAAAUGUUUGAUUUAUGUGACUGUUUGGUUUGCAAUAAAACAUUGUUAUUUUCCCCAAAAUA